ACAUUCAGUGGUUGUUGUGGCAACCGCUUAGAGCGUCAGCGCGGCAAACAAACGAAAAAUAAGUUCGAUUAUAUUGUAAAGUAGGUAUUUUUGAGAUGUAAACAUACUUAUCUACUGUUUUUCAGAGAGACAAUAGUUUUUGUCAUGAUUUAUUUAUAUAUUAAAUAUUAUCCACAUGCUAAGUUCGCCCCUUUUCAGUAAUUUUAGCUCAGCUGUUCUAGCUGUUUAAUGUAGCUUUGCGACAUUGCGCGGUAUUCAAUAACUAGAAGCUUUAUCUUUCGUGAACUAGCAACUGCUUAUUUCUUUAUAUUCAUCUAUACUAGCUCUAUACUUGGUCCAACGCGAGACAAACAGUGCUAAUAUGUCGGCUGUCAGCAGUCUUGUUCCUGCUCGGUUUCUCACCAUCAUAGCUCAUCUUGUCAUCGUUAUCACCAUCUUUUGGUCAAGGGAAAAUAAUGUGAAAGCUUGUUUACCUUUGGAUUUUACCCAAGAGGAGUAUGAAACUGAGGACAAAAAGUUGUUGGUGGCACUGGGAGUCACCCUAGGUCUGUUUGCAAUAGAGCUGGCUGGUUUCUUUUCAGGAGUGUCCAUGUUCAACUCCAGCCAAAGUCUUCUUUCAACAGGAGUCCAUGCCAGUGCCUCAGUGGCUCUCCUUUUCUUUCUCUUUGAGCAGUGGGAGUGUGACAUCUACUGGUGGAUCCUUGCAUUCUGCAGUGUCCUACCAGCCUUCGUGGAGGUUCUUCUGUUCAUAGCAGUUUUUGGACUGAAGAAGAAACCCUUAUAAAAACGAUGGGACAUUAAAAAGUGUUGCUUUUGUUUUGUUUUUGACAGCAUUAGUUCUGUUUUGAGUCAAGCUGGCAGAGGAUAUGUGACAUAUACAGUAAUGGUCUGAAAAUAAUUAUUUAGACUGAAGUAUUAAAAAUAGUUGCUUUUUUUAAACCUUUGUAUGUUACAUAACCUGUUUUUGUAUUUUUCUAUUUUUAAUAAAAUCUAAAGUAAUUAUUUUCAGUGCACUUUCU